CCGACAUGCCCCAUCCCUGCUUGCUCACAGCAGAAAAUCCUUUCACCUGCCAGGAGCUAUCAUUAGACAAGGCAACACUGGAUUUUUUUUGACCCUGAAAAUGAACUUUAGGAGGAUUUUCCUAGUCAAGUGCUUGCUGCUUUUAUUUCCCAGUGUAAAAUGCUCCAGCACCAGCUGGAUUUACAAGGCAGUGAACGAGACAGCUCUUCUCAGCAUCACUGCUCCUGGGAGCUUCUAUGAGGCAACAUGGACCAAGGGCAGACAGAGGUUGGUGCAGAUCAAAGGUAACAGCGCCAGGCACUUUGUGAACAAGGACCAGUGCAGGUGUGCCAUACUCCGGAAUGGGACUCUGCAAAUCAAGAGCGUGGAGAAAGGGGACAGUGGAAACUACACGGUGAUGGUUUAUCAGCAGGAUGGAAAACUGAAGGCAGAAGAAAAUAUCAUGUUCUUUGUUCAGGGACCUGUCCCUCAGCCAAACCUCACAGCUGAAUGUGGGAAUAAAAGUGUAUCUGUCAAGUGUGAAGCAAAAGAGAAGGCUAAGGAUGAAGCAUUUCUAAUGGAACUGACUCAACCCAAUGGCAAAACAAUCCAAAAGAAUGCGACGGUGCUGGAAUGGCACGGGCGGAACUCUGGGAUGUUCAGAUGUGUUGCUAAGAACCAAGUCAGUGAAAAAAUGACUGAAAAAAUCAUUAAGUGCCCAGGCAAGAUGGACUUUUACCUCAUCUUAAGCAUAGCAGGAGGUGCAGUCGUCUUUGUCAUCUUUGCGAUUUGUCUUAUUUAUUGUAUCAGAAGGAAGAAAAUAAAAAGGCGUGAAGUUUAUGAGGAGGAGCGAGUGAUGCAGCCUCUGCCCGUGGACCGUGAGAGAGGGAUGCGGGAGCUGCCUCAGACUCCAUCCACACCCACCCCGAAGCGGCUGCGGGUGCAGCAGAGGCCACUGCCCCCACAGCCCCAGCAGCCACUGCCCCCACAGCCCCAGCAGCCACUGCCCCCACAGCCCCAGCAGCCCCCACAGCCCCAGCCGCGACCCCGCACACAGCCACGGACCCCAAACCUCCCCAGAGAAAGGCCCUGAGCAGACAACCUGGGAGGAGGGAUGCUGGUCUCUCUGCUCCACCCUUCCCUGGGAAAAGAAGGUUUCCCACAGCCAGGAGCCCCUCCUGCCCAGGCCUGUGAAAUGCUCAGCUAUGAAAAGGUGGCUUUCGUUGCAGAAAAUUAGAGAGAGCGUCAAAUGGAGAUGAAGAGACCCAAGCAGGAGGCUCAAGGUGAUGGGCAUUCAGCCCUGUGGACAUUUUUUUACAGCUGUCUUCAUGUUAGGAUAUGGAUAUGGAGCACUGAGCCUUGAAACCUGUGUGUUUCACUUGUUUUUACUGCACCUUGUUGUCUUUGUGCUUUUUGGAUGGUUUUCACCAAGAAGCAGCUAAAGCUCUACUGAGACAAAAUGGACCCAUGGAUCUUACAGGGUUUAUCUCCUGCUACACGAGGACAGCUCUCUGGCUCCAGCAUCAAAUACAUGGCCUCCUGGACCAAAAAAUAAUUGUAUGUAAUUAAAUAUUUGUCUGAAGUUGAAAGGAUUUGUGUUGUAUAAUGCAGAGAAAAUAUUUAAAGGACAUGUGAGAGCCUUGAAACACCUGUGUGGGAGAAAACACAAAUGGGAAAGGAAUAAACAUUUCCCCUUUCUCCACUAUGUUUAGAAAAGAAACUGUGGGCUUGAAUUGCAGCAAGGGAGAGUUAGGUCAGUAUUUAAUUUUUUUUUUUAAUGAAACACUGAGAGAGAUCUCUGGGAGAGGUUCUCCAACACUGGGGUUUCAAAGGGUGGGUGAGAAUGAGUAAUGAGAUCAUCCUAUCAAGCCUCUGUCCUAGCAAGGGCCAGGAGAAUGUGCUACACAGCCUCUUCAGGGACAGUUUC